AUGGCUCCGAUUUCCAGUAAAUCGAGAGUUUAUUCAGAUGUGAAUCCAAACAAACCACGCGAAUACUGGGAUUAUGAAUGUCAUGUAAUUGAUUGGGGAUCCAUUGAUGACUAUCAACUCAUCAAGAAGCUUGGACGCGGUAAAUAUUCAGAAGUAUUCGAAGGAAUGAAAGUGACCACGGAUGAGAACGUUGUCGUGAAGAUUCUGAAGCCAGUGAAGAAGAAGAAGAUCAAAAGAGAAAUUAAAAUUCUUGAAAACUUGAGAGGAGGCACGAAUAUUAUCACUUUAUUGGAUGUUGUGAAGGACCCCGUGUCCAGAACCCCUGCCCUUAUCUUCGAACAUGUAAAUAAUUCUGAUUUCAAGCUAUUAUACCAAACCUUAAGCGACUAUGACAUCCGGUAUUACUUGUAUGAGCUUCUUAAGGCACUCGAUUUCUGUCAUUCACAAGGUAUUAUGCACAGAGACGUCAAGCCUCAUAAUGUAAUGAUCGAUCAUCAGAAGAGAGAGUUGCGUUUGAUUGACUGGGGAUUAGCCGAAUUUUACCACCCUAAACAAGACUAUAACGUUAGAGUAGCCUCCAGAUAUUUCAAGGGACCCGAGUUGCUUGUCGAUUAUCAAUGCUAUGAUUAUUCCCUCGAUAUGUGGAGUUUGGGUUGCAUGUUGGCUAGUAUGAUUUUCAGAAAGGAGCCUUUCUUCCAUGGCCACGACAACUAUGAUCAGCUGGUUCGUAUCGCUAAGGUCUUGGGAACCGAAGAGCUGUUCGAGUAUAUCGAGAAGUAUCACAUCGACUUAGAUCCCCGGUUUAACGAUAUUCUUGGAAGACAUUCUAAGAAGAGAUGGGAGCGAUUUAUCCAUACAGAAAAUCAACACCUCGUUUCCAAUGAUGCUAUAGAUUUCUUGGAUCGGCUUUUACGCUAUGAUCACCAGGAACGUCUUACAGCUCGCGAAGCUAUGGAUCAUCCAUUUUUCCAUCCUGUUGUUGAAAAAGCGAGACGUAAUAGUAGCCAAUCUAUGUCUUCUGAUAUUAAGGAAGACAUGAAGCUCAUAGCAUAA